AUGCUCCUCCCUGCUCCGACCGCGCUCCCUCACACGCCACAAAAUGGCGGCCACAGCGUCCGCGCUCCUCGGACGGGGCCGAAGGGCAGACCCGCCACAUCGCACCGGCCGGGGGCUGCUUGGGAAAGGAGAGGCUGUAGCCAUGUAGCCACGCUGCCCUCAGAGCGGGAGAGGAAGAAGAGGACAGAGAGGAGAGAGCCCAGAGCUGUGCGCGACGCCGCUGAGGAGAAAAAUGCGACAACACCCCGGCAGCCACAGCAGCCUGGGAUGGCUUCGGCGGCGGGCAGCGCUAGCGACACCUCCUUCCUCGGCAGCGCCACAGUGUGGCCCUUGAAGCGCUACGGUCGCUUCCUCCCCCCGAAGGACGGUGACGAUCAGGGGCCAAGCUCCUCUUGGAAGGUGUUUGAAUCAAAUGAAGAAUCAGGCCCUCUUGUCCUUACCAUUGUGGAGUCUGGCCAUUUCUUUAUUUCCCAAGAGCGAACAGUGCUGGAAGGCUUUUCCCUGAUUGAUUCCCACAAGUGGCUGAAGAUAGUGAGGAGAGCAGACUGCCUGCUGCUCCGGGCACAGGCCAAGAACGAGUGCCGUAUGUUCCGCGUGCAGUUCGGAGGGAGCUCCAAGGAGCAGAUGCAGGAGCACUGCUGCAGCUGCGUGCACAAACUCAGCGCCUACGUCCCGGUGCAGGGGGCUGAUGAACACAGCCAGGGCCUCAGCCAGGACACCCAGGCCAUGGACACUGAGCACGCACCAGAUGAGCCUCUCCCAGACUCCUGCACAAGCCUUGGAGAAAGAAGAUCUGUAGCACAGCUCGCACAGUGGGCGCUGCGGCAGCGGCCAGAGCUGCCCCCCGCGCUCUGGCAGCCGGCGUGGAGCGCCCGGGAGCUGGGGCUCUUCAUCCGCCUCUGCCUCAUGGACCAGCACUUCCCAGCCUUCGUGGAGGACGUGGAGAGGGAACUGCACAGACUCGCAGAAGAAUGAGGCACGGCUGCACCCCGUGGGCUGCACACAGCUCCGGUGAUUAAAGUUGAAAAAUGAGGCCUACAGCGGUUUUUGUCGGUGUUUUAUUUUUAAAAACAGGUGAAUCCACUUUUUAUACAUCAUUGCACUUCAACAAAUACACAGAACACGAGUUCAUGCAGCUACAGUUACGCACAUCAUGAGAACCCUGGUAGGUCUAUUUCUACAAUCUUAAAAUCAU